AUGCCUCGCUCCAAACAUCACAAUCCAAAACUCGAGAUGGCUCACACCUGGUCUUGGGAGUGCGUAAGACAGCGGGGAAACCGAUUGGAUAGGUAUCGCCAGAGAAUUAAUUUCCACGUCGCGGAGGAGCACAAGCCUACUGGGAUAUCUAUGAAGGCGAGGAUCAGAGAUGUGAGUAUCCGCCGUUUCGAGCCUAAGGCCCUCCGUUCAUUUUUUCCUCUCCACGAGACUGACUGGGUUGGUCUGACUCUUGCACAGACACGAGCACGUUGGACGGCAGUAGACGAGUUUUAUAUUCCUCCUGAUCCGAAAUAUAACAAGCCUCCGACGCCACACGAGAUACGAGCAGAAGCGGCGCGCAGGAGAGAGGGCGGUAAGGGGGACGCAGAUUCGGAGUUACUUCCUGAGCUGGACAACGAUCCAAGGGACUUGACGCUCGAGGGUGAGGGGGAAGAGGAGUUGCAGAGGGAGGCAGAGGCAGAGAUCGCUCAUGGCGUAGCAGACGAGGUUUCGGCGGAGCGAAGACGAUACGACUCAUACGAGGUCUCCCUACUUGACCUUCCUCGAGGACGUAUUCACCGCAAGGAGAAGAAGACCACGGGAUCGAAAUUUGAUGGUGAUUUCGAGUGGAUAGGAAGGAAUCGUCGUGAAGGAUUGGGCGACGAGUGGGAGUUGGAGACGAUCGGUGAACGUGAGGCUUGGGAGGAACUGGAGGAGUUCCUUGACGAAGACGAUUGGGAGGCGUUGUCUGACGACUCGGAGGCGAACGAGGUGGUGAGAACUGAUGGACGGGGUCAGACUGUUCGAGAAAGGGCGUUAACAUAUGCUGAGAAGGUACGAGGGAAGGCGGGAUGA